AUGAGCAUGAAGAUUAGGAUCAGGAUGAGGAUGAAGAUAAGUUGGAGGACCAGCUCGUCGAGGGGAAGGGGGUCCUCCAACGCCCUCGAGUUCGUUCCGGAGUUCGGAGAGUUGUAUGUUGUAGGGUCCUUAACGGCCUCUACAAGGAAGGCCCGAGCACUAUUAAGGAACGGAGAUUCAGUCAAGUUAUCUGACGCAGCUCCAGAGUGGGCGUGUGUUGCCGGAAGCCAGUGGGGUUUCCUCCAUGACACGCUUAGCAAUUCCUUGGCUUCGUCACAUACGCUGAGUAGGACCGCCAGGCUUCCACCGGCGAUAGAGAUCGACCUGAGUAAGGUUAAGAGUCGAUCUAGUCCGAUCGUGCCUCCUUUUCACCGGUUACCGACGUGCAUCGUCGCGAGUGUUCAGUGGUUUGAGAAAUUAGCAGGUUUGCAAGGAUGGGAUUCUAAUGACUACCAUGUUUACCUCGGUUCACUCUUGGGAGGUAAGGCCUUGCAAAUUUACGUAAGCUUGCCAGACGAUGUCUUGAAAGAUUAUAGACAAUUAAAAGAUGCAUUGUUGAAGGCAUAUAACGUUGACGCAGAUUCCUAUCGUAAAAAGUUCAAAGAAAGUAAGGCGGGUGAAGACGAAACUUACGUUCAGUUAAUUACGAGAAUGACCCAGUAUUUAGAUCACUGGUUAAUAAUGAGUGAUGUGGAGAGGGAGUAUAACUCGUUGUUCGACUUUUUGAUACGCGACCAGCUGUUGAGUAACUGCCCUCUUGACCUUCGCAUCUUUCUCAAAGAACGAACGUUCGUUAGCACAGUGGAAAUGGCCCAAGCAGCGGAUAGGUUUCGUUGCGCCCAUAGAGCUGUCAAGAGUCGUAAAACGCCUGUUAAAGACGACGCUGCUUUCAAGAAAGACCCGAAUGUUUCCCUUAAGGAUGUGAUUUGUCACCAUUGUUCUAAGGCGGGUCACAUACGUCCUUCUUGUCCCGAACUUAAAUUCUCGAAAUCUAAGACUUUUCAGACAGUAAAUGCUGCAUUUGAGGCUGACAUAAAUUACGAUCAGGGUAUUACGUGUGAAGGAUCGUUGUAUGGCAAGCCGGUAAAUGUACUUUUUGAUUCAGGUUGCUCGUCAAUUAUAGUGAAGGAAUCGCUCGUGCCCGCCUCCGUCAAGCGAGGAAAGGUAGUUACACUAUAUGACUACCUGGGGGAGCGGCGCGAAUUCCCCACCGCACGUUGUUUGAUUAGGAGUAAAUUCCUGAAUGGAUGGUUUAACGUCGUGGUCGCUCCGAUAAAAUUCACGGAUAUCCUCGUCGGUAUAGUGCCGGGUGUCAAGGUGUCGAGCGUGAACAUACCGGGUAUAAAAGUAACCGAAACUCCUCAGAGGAGCGAUGUUAAUGCUGUCGCGACGCGGGCCGCCAAAGCGAAGGAAAAUGUCGGUCCGGAUAAAUUAAUUGUUCCUAAUUUCAAAUUUGAGAACGUAUCGAAACAAGAUUUCAUAGAUGCUCAGUCUUCCUGCCCUUCUCUAGAACACAUUCGUUCUAAAGAAUUAAGUAAAGCCAUUGUAACUGUAAAAAGUCGCUCGGUAAAGUUCGAACGCGUGAAUGGGUUGAUCUACCGAAUUUGCGUAAAGAGUAAACACGAACACGAAGUCGGUGAGAAGCAAUUGGUUGUGCCUCGUAGGUUUAUUCCUAUAAUUUUAUCUAUGGCUCACGAUUCCCCAUUGGCGGGUCAUUUCUCUCAUCGAAAGACUGCAGGAAAAAUCUUCCACAAAUUCUUUUGGCCAGGAGCAGGCGCAGAGAUCAAACGUUACUGUCGCUCUUGUCAUGCUUGCCAGAAAACCGUUCCUAAGGGAAAGAUCAGAAAGGCGCCUAUGGUUCAGAUGCCAAUCAUUAGCGAACCGUUUUCCCGAGUGGCGAUUGAUAUCGUCGGGCCGAUCUCCCCGCCCUCUAGCCGAGGCCACAAGUACAUGCUGACCUUGAUUGACAUGGCCACCCGAUUUCCUGAGGCAGUUCCACUGAGAAAUAUAGAUUCGGUAACUGUUGCUGAAGCGUUGUUAACUAUUUUCGCUCGCGUGGGAAUACCGAAAGAGAUUCUUUCUAAUCGUGGUACUCAGUUUAAUUCCGAUUUGAUAGCAGAGAUCAACCGACUGCUUUCUAUUAAAGCAUUAUACACUAGUCCGUAUCACGUUUGUUGUAAUGACACCGUCGAACGGUUUCACGCAGUACUAAAAGCUAUGCUGAAAAAGCUCUGCAACGAGCGACCUCAUGACUGGGAUCGUUAUAUCCCAUCUGUCUUGUUUGCGCAUCGGGAGAUUCCCCACGAUACGCUUAAAUUUAGUCCAUUCGAGUUACUGUACGGCCGUAAAGUACGUGGCCCUUUAUCCAUUUUACAUAAUUUGCGGACUAAAGAUGAUAUUGAUGAAGUUAAAAGUACCUAUCAAUAUGUAUUAGAUCUACGAUCUAGAUUAGAACAAUCGGCUCAAUUGACAUCCGCUCACGCAGACGUGAACAGCCAAAUGUAUAAGACCUAA